AUGACAAACUCUAUGAGCUCAAGUAUAACAGUGACCAAUAAUUAUAAUUCUAAUGCGUCUAUUCCAUCGAGAAAUACUAUAACUAAAAUCAAUAUUUUUGAUUUUGAUGGUACUCUUUUCGCGUCACCACAGCCAAACCGAGAAUUGUGGGAAGAUCCGUUAUUUGGAUACCUUAAAGCUGAUACAAUGAUUUUCAAAGGAUGGUAUCAACAUCCAAAAUCAUUAAGCUUUGAUGAACCAGUAAUACAACAAGGAUGGGAAGGGUGGUGGAAUAAAAAGAUUGUAAAACUUGUUCGUCAAUCGAUAGAACAACCGACUUCUUUAACUGUAUUGCUCACUGGACGCGGCUAUUCAGGGUUUCGUCAUAUAAUCGCUGAGAUGGUAGAACGAAAAGAUUUAAAAUUUGACGUGAUGGGAUUUAAACCAGAUAAAGAUAUUAUUAAAUGGAAUUUAUUUUAUAAUCCAUCAAUUAUUCAAAAGGUGGGUAAUACGAAGUAUGAAGAACUCAUUUGUCACGAAACACUAUUCGAGUUUAAGGACAAUAAGGUUACUACAAAAGAAUUUAAAUAUAAAUUUAUAAAUGAAUUACUUUUUCAUCAUCCUUCUGUUAAUUCAAUUCAUUUAUGGGAUGAUCGAGUAAAUCACGUAAAAUCUUUUCAAUCAUUUUUUGAUGAUUUAAAACUUCGUGGAAUAGUUCAGGAAGCAACUGCAAAUGCUGUAUAUUAUCCUGUUCGUUAUUUUGAUCCUUGUAAAGAAUUUCUCGUUGUCCAGGCAAUGAUAGAUGAACACAAUAGUGAAGUAGAGAGAUUUUCAAGACAACAAAAUGAAUUACCCCGAAAAUUUUCUUUAGGUAGACUUCAAUUGGUACCAAAACAAUAUCAAUACGAUGGAUGGAUUUAUACAAGAUAUGCUGUACAACUUGUAGAUGUGCCCUUUUGA